CGACGCGUCUUAAGAGCCCGCUGUCUCCCCCAUCAACAUUUUCCCACUCGCUUGCACAACUGGACAUCUGACGGCUUGAAGUGUCGCAUCACGUGUAAAAUCAAACAAAACAGCCGCAACCAUCGUUUCCGCCCCUGCAAGCACGAUGGCCGAAGUCGACGGCUACGAGGAGAGUCACAAUGGUGAUGAGGGCGGCACGACCGGCCCUGGCGCGCCAACGCCACUCUCUGCACUUGAGGGUGUUGCAGGUCUGACGAAGCGUGAUAUCCAAAUGGUGGUCGAUGGAGGUUUCAACACAGUAGAGUCGGUCGCGUACACCCCACGUAGAAUGCUUGAGCAGAUCAAGGGUAUUUCUGAGCAGAAAGCCACCAAGAUUCUCGCCGAAGCCUCGAAACUCGUGCCAAUGGGCUUCACGACCGCUACCGAGAUGCACCAACGACGCAGUGAGCUCAUCUCUAUUACGACGGGCUCAAAGCAGCUAGACACCCUUCUCGCCGGUGGUAUCGAGACCGGAUCGGUGACCGAGCUUUUUGGAGAGUUCCGCACGGGAAAGAGUCAGAUCUGCCAUACGCUUGCCGUGACGUGCCAGCUGCCCUUCGACAUGGGCGGUGGCGAGGGCAAAUGCUUGUACAUCGAUACCGAGGGCACGUUCCGACCUGUUCGGUUGCUCGCCGUCGCCAACCGAUUUGGUCUUUCCGGAGAAGAGGUCCUGGACAACGUGGCAUAUGCGCGUGCGUACAACUCGGAUCAUCAGCUUCAGCUCCUCCAGCAGGCUGGCGCCAUGAUGUGUGAGACUCGGUUCUCCCUCCUCAUCGUCGACAGUGCUACGGCUCUCUACAGAACCGACUUUUUGGGCAGAGGCGAGCUGUCGUCGAGGCAGACCCAUCUUGCCAAGUUCAUGCGCACCCUUCAGCGUCUCGCGGAUGAGUUUGGAAUCGCUGUCGUCAUUACGAACCAGGUCGUUGCGCAGGUUGAUGGCGGACCCAGUGCCAUGUUCAAUCCUGACCCGAAGAAGCCGAUUGGCGGCAACAUCAUUGCUCACGCCAGCACGACAAGAAUUAGCCUGAAAAAGGGACGCGGCGAGACCCGUAUCGCCAAGAUAUACGACAGUCCCUGCUUGCCCGAGAGCGACUGUCUCUUCGCCAUCAACGAGGACGGCAUUGGCGACCCCAGCCCCAAGGACCUGGAGAAAGACUGAAUGAUGUGCGUUGACUGAUAUCUGACUGGAGGAUUACAUGCAGAACAAGUAAUGGUGUUUAUGCGCAUAUGAGUGAGCUUUAAUACGCCCUGGUUGGGAAAGAUGACAUGCAUAGGUGUUGGCGUUGGAGGGCGUAUUCUUUCAUGGCGGAGUUGUGGUAUGGCUUCUGCCUGGGCUCGAGUAGCUCAGGUCUUGAGCAUUUGCUAGUAAACUAAGGAGCUGUAACCGAGUCAAUCAGGUUGAUCAAGCCUUUACCCAGGUGCCAGCGACUUACAAGCGAGAUGAAAAUGUUCCCC